AUGACGGCGGAAAUUGGCCGCCGCCUUCCGCGGAAUCCGGGGUGGCCAAGAUUCUUCCUCACAGCGCUAUUCGCUACUGCUUAUUACGCGGUGAUCAGUAAUACGACGGCGGCGGUGGCGGGGCAGAGGAGGAGUAGUAAUAACUCGACGGUGGCGAUGAACUUAGGGCUGAUUAUUCUGGACUUCAAAACUAGAGAUUCCGGCGGAGACGUUGUUCAAGCACUCUGCAUUUUCACGAUCAUGUUCGUUUAUGACCACAUCCAGCUUAUGCUGCCUCGAGAAGGCGAUUCAAAUAGAGACUCUUCCUUCUGGAGAAUGAUUUCGAAUCUGUUGAAGAUCUUGGACAAGAAAGACAUCAACUCUCAUAUUUUUAGCAACGACAGAGUUGGUCACAAGGUUCGUCUUGCCAAUAUGAAGCCGACGAGUCCCUCUGGCAGGAAGCUUUUGUUCCCCCAAGAAGACGACUCACAAUCAAACCCGUCGUCGUUCUGGAGAAGAAUUAUGAAUCGGUUGAGGUCCUUCUACAGGAAGGAUCUCAAAUGGCAUGCUUUGAAGGACGACGAAAUUGGUGACGAGGUUCAUCUUGCCAAUAUGUAUGUGAUCCGCCCCUCCACUUUUUUUGUUCAGAGGGAGUCUCUUUUGGAUUCGCUCCAAUCACCUACUUCGUUGAGUGAAUCUUUGUGGAUUCAACCCAAAGACCUACUUCGCUGA